GUUUCACCGAGUGCAACCUGCAACUUUAAUGAUAUAAAUGCAAUAUCGGUCUGUCUCACUGUCAGUCCUGUCCCGAUAUCCAAACAUUAAAGAAGUAGUAGUAUAAACAAGGGUAAAACAAUGAGGACGCUUGUCGCCCUAACUGCGUUAGGAUGUGUUUUAGUCGUUUGUUCCGGCCGCGAGAUCGGCCAGAAGGAAACCGACCUGGUCGCAGCGGCCAGCCAUAAAAGUCAUCACCAUGAGGAGGGGGGUGGUAAAGAGCAUCAUGCUCACCAUCACCAUGAGCACGGUGAAAAGGGACAUAAGGGGCAUAAGGGACAUCACCACCACCACAAAGGUGAACACGGUGAACAUCAUAAACAUCACCACGAAGGACAUCACCACGAACAUGGUGGUGGCCACAAAAAACACUGGGAUGAGGAUGACCACCAUGGCCAUCACCACGAACAUGGUCAUCAUCAUAAGGGAGGCAAACAUCAUCAUAAGAAACAUCAUGACAAAGGAGAAGAAACCGAAGGUUAUCACAAGAAGUACCACAAAGACGAAUACCACAAAGACCACCACUUCUACGAUGACCACCAUAAAGAAGGCAAGCAUCACAAACAUGGUCAUCACCACGGACACCACGAGAAACAUGGCGGCCACCACAAGAAGGGCGGUCACCAUCACUCUGGGCAUCAUGAACACCACCACGGCAAGAAAGGGCAUCACGAUAAGCAUCACUACGAUGAAGAUCAUAAGGGACACAAGGGCCAUCACGGCCACGAAGAACACCACCAUCAUCACCACGACCACGGCAAGAAAGGCGGCCACGAAGAUCAUAAACACUGGGGAUUCCACCACGAAAUUGGAACUACGAAAAUUCUUGUGACACAACGGUUGUGUCUCUCCCAGCAACUACGCCACUCGAGAAAAACAAACAUAAAGAUGCGGCUUUUGUUACUAAUAGAACUAUUAGCAUGUGCUUUAAUAUCAACCCGGGCACGGAAUAUUGCCAAUUUGAAGGGCGAAAAGGGAAUACAGGAUACAGUAUCUGAAUUAACUGCGCCAUCGGGUGGGGACUUAGCACCAGCUGCUAGCGUGUCAAUAGAUCAAUCUCCUGCAGGAACGGAACAUAAAAAGUCUAAAGAGAGUCAUCACGAACAAGGUGGUGGUCAUGAGCACCACGCUCAUCACCACAAAGAAGAUGAAGAGAAAGGUGAUAAGGGUUACAAGUCACAUCACCACCAUGAUAAAGGAGAGCACGGCCAUCACGAGAAGCAUCACCACGAAGGUCACCAUGGCGAACAUGGAGGACACAAGAAGAAACACCACGACGAACACGAUCAUCACGGUGAGCAUCACGAAGCUGCACACGGUCAUAAAGGAGGGAAGUUCGGUCACAAAAAAGGCCACAAGAAAGGCUCUAAAACCACCGGUUUCCACCAUAAAUCACACAAAGACGAAUACCACAAAGAACACAAAUUCUACGACGACUUCCACAAGGGUGGCCAUCACCACAAACAUGGCGACUUCCAUGGCCACCAUGAUAAAAAGGGAGGACAUCACAAAAAGGGAGGUCACCACGAAAAGGGUCAUCAUGAAAAGCAUCAUGGGAAAAAGGGACAUCACGAUAAGGGUCACUACGACGAAGACCACAAAGGGCAUAAAGGUCAUCACGGCCAUGAAGAGCACCACGCGCACCACGAAGACCACGGUAAAAAAGGUGGCCACGCCGGCGGAAAGGAACACGGAUACAGCCACGGCAAAAAGGCUUAGUGCGGUGUUUCAAGUCUCAUAUAUUUUGUUGCAUGUUUUAUUAUUUGAUUAUUGUCUUUGUUACAAACAAGUCAUGAUUUAUUUAUGUUAAGAUAAUUUGUUAGGUCUAUUUAAUUGUAAAAUGCUUUGAAUAAAAUAACUGGUUAACUUAGUAGAAGCUUUUACUUCUACUAAUCUUAUCUAUAUUCUAUACG